AUGGUGAUGUCCACAGACAACCUCACCUUGUUCGUCUUUACAAGACCGAACCUCUCCGUUCAACGACGGGCGCAAAUCAAUUUAACAGGAUUCUCAACUCAACCGAGCGUGUUCUUCCGCUCUGAAGAGAUUGUGUAUCUGAUACCGAAACUCCGAUCGGUCCCACCCAGUGUUUCUGUGCGGCCGGAAGAUAAAUUAUCCCGGCUCAACUACAUCUGCGGUUUCCACAGGCAUCCGCCAAGACGGGUGUCAGUUUGGAGAAUUAAAGCAGUGCCGGGCGGUUCUUUUCCGAGAGUCUUGUAUCCACUGAUGGACUUACUGUGGGCUGUGGUUUACGAAAAACAGCUCCAUGUUGUUCGGCCUGCCAAGUCGCGUUUGCCCACGGGCACAGCAAUCCGUGUCGAAAUGUCGGAGAAAAAGAUUCGACAGAAGGAGCUCAAGCGACGCAAUAUAAUCGAUUCAAUCCAACGCAUCGAGGAUUUCAUCGAGAACUACGAUCCAAAUCGAGACAUAAACGAGGUAGCGAUACGUAUGAGUAGACUGGAUUUACUGAUGGAAAACUUCGAAUCAAUACAAGUACUACGCCAAAUCACCACGAAUUUACCCACUCAUACUAUACCAUCGAAUGAGUGGAUGAUCCCAAGGAAUAUUAACCUGGCCGAUCCCGAAUUCCACGUGUCCAAAGGCAUUGAACUUAUCCUCGGAGCCGAACAUUUUUUCUCGUUCCUGAAAGGUGGCCGGAUACAAAUUGGUAAUCCUUCACCCGUAUUAGUUGAAAGCGUGUUCGGAUGGUUUGCUACAGGAAAUGUUAAUGCAAAUCCCAAUCCUGUUGUCGCAUGCCAAACAUUUUGUUUUUCCACGAUCGAAUCAAUUGCCAGCAAUUUAGAGAAAUUCUGGCAGAUUGAGGACAUUGAUGCUACUAUCCCAUCCCCGAACGAACAAAUUUGUGAGCAGUUUUACCGAGAAACAACCACCAGAGAUACUACUGGUAGAUAUAUAGUCAAAUAUCCUAAGAAAGACAAUAUAACCAAAUUGAUUGGUGAAUCAUAUUCCCACGCCCUGCAACGAAUGGAAGGCCUUGAGCGAAGGUUGGAUAAAACUCACGAACUGAAGACGAAUUAUCAUAAUUUUAUCGCUGAAUUUAUCGAGUUGGGACAUAUGCGAAAGGUAUCAACGAACGAAACGAUUCCACCGGUGGUCUAUUAUCUCCCGCACCAUCCUGUACUGAAGGAUUCUAGUACCACAACGAAGGUACGCAGCGUAUUCGAUGCUUCAAUGAAAACUAGCACAGGUUAUGCCUUAAACGACGCACUGUUAGUCGGUCCUGUAGUCCAGCACGAAUUAUUGAGUUUAAUCCUCAGAUUCCGCAAAUAUAAAGUGGCACUAACAGCAGACAUCGAGAAGAUGUAUCGCCAAAUUUCUAUACAUCCAGAUGAUCGUCCUCUACAGCGUUUGUUGUGGCGGUUUAAUAAAGAUGAUCCGAUCAGUGAAUAUGAACUGACCACUGUGACGUAUGGCCUGUCGUCAUCAUCAUUUCUAGCGACACGAACACUACACCAGCUAGCCGAAGAUGAGGGCGAAUUGUUUACUCUCGCUGCGAGAGCCUUGAAAAGAGAUUUUUACGUAGACGACUUUAUUCGAGGCGAAGACAGUAUAGAGAAUGCUAUCAAACUUCGCGAACAAAUGGAUGAUCUUCUUAAGCAUGGUGGUUUCACUUUGAGGAAAUGGUGUUCUAAUCAUCCGGAGGUUGUGGAUGGCAUCCCAGAAGAGAAUCUGGCUACACAAUCUUGCCAAACGUUCGAUUCGAAGGAAAUGAUAAAAACUCUGGGGAUAUGUUGGGAUCCAAAGUCCGACCAAUUUCAAUUUGACAUUGAUCCAAGCGUUAACAAUGAACCAAUAACGAAACGCAAAAUACUGUCGAGUAUCGCACGCUUGUAUGAUCCUCUAGGAUUGAUUGCACCAAUAUUAGUACGUGCAAAAAUAUUGCUACAACAACUAUGGGCGAUUUCACUGUGUUGGGAUGAAGAGGUUCCACUUGAAAUCCGAAAGAAGUGGAGAAGAUUAAUUGAAGAAUUUCCAAACUUGACAAAUUUUCGUAUCGACCGAUAUGCAUUUAUGCCCGGAAAGGUGCAAUUACACUGCUUUGCAGAUGCAUCAGAACUUGCCUAUGGCGCAUGUGUUUAUGCCCGAUCGGAAGCAAUGGAUGGUAGCAUAAGGAUUGAAUUAUUGAUGUCUAAAUCAAGAGUGGCACCGCUCAAAAAACGCAGCAUCCCCAGAUUGGAAUUAUGUGCUGCUCAAAUAGCUGCGCAUCUGUUCACCAAAGUUAAAGCCGCACUAGAUAUGGAGUUUUCAUCAAUUCAUUUCUGGUCUGACUCAAUGGUGGUACUUCAUUGGCUUCGUUCCCCGUCACAAAACUGGAGGACAUUUAUAGCGAAUCGGGUAGCCGAUAUUCAAAUGUUGACGCAUCACGGAAGUUGGAAACAUGUACCAGGAGCAAGUAACCCUGCAGAUCUGCUUUCCAGAAGUAUGACAGUAGAACAGUUACUGACAAGCGAUCUGUGGAAACGCGGUCCUUAUUGGUUGAGGAAGGGAGAGGAUGAUUGGCCGAAGAAUGACAUAAACAUUGAAGCCUCCGAUGAAGAGCUGGAACGUAAAACGCAUAGCUUAGUGAUACUUCUCAGCCACCAAAUCCACUGA